AUGUCAAUAAGGCACCUUAGGGGGUUUGUGAUAUAUGGCCAAUAUACCACGGCUACGGGCUGUGUCAAUGAGCUCAGUAAAACUCAGACCCUGGUCACGGCCCUGACCACCGUGGGCACGCUGCCUGCCCUCAGGGACAUUUACACCCCUCAGUGUCGAAGGAAGGCCAGGAAGAUCAUUAGGUACCUCAGCCACGGAGCGUUCACUCUGCUACUGUCUGACGCCCAACGGGCUCUGACAGGAGUCCUCUCCCCGCUCUGGACCUCCUGCCCCUGGGCUACGCUGCCGACCUGCCGGCCUGCUCAGCCAUCAUCCAGGGGAGACCUGGAGGGUCUGGAGAGGGAGCAGCUCAGCCUCCUGCUGAAGACCAAGAAGAAGCAGCAGCCGUUGUCAGAGGCGUUCUACCACAAUGUGACUCAGGACUGUCAGAGGUACGUUACAGAAAGAGGGUUUAUCACCCUUCCUCUCAGCCAGGAGGAGAAGGAGUUCCCCAUCGCCUACUCCAUGGUCGUCCACAAGAGGAUCGAGAUGUUUGAGCGGCUCCUGCGUGCUGUGUACACUCCUCAGAACGUGUACUGCGUCCACAUCGACCAGAAGUCAUCUGAGGACUUCAGGACGGCAGUGAGGGCUAUCGCGUCCUGUCUGCCUAAUGUGUUUGUGGCCAGUAAGUUAGAGAGUGUGGUCUACGCCUCCUGGUCCAGAGUGCAGGCUGAUCUGAACUGUAUGGAGGAUCUCCUGAAGUCACCUGUCCAGUGGAGGUACCUGAUCAACACCUGUGGAUCAGACUUCCCCAUUAAGACCAACGCUGAGAUGGUUCAGGCCCUCAAGCUGCAGAACGGGAGAAACAGCAUGGAGUCAGAGACCACCAACGACUAUAAAAACAGCAGAUGGCAGUUCCAGCACAAAAUCACCAGCAACAUGGUGGUCAAGACGAACGUUAGAAAGAGCCCUCCUCCAAUCAGCACCCCCAUGUUCUCUGGCAACGCCUACUUCCUGGUCUCCAGGGCCUUUGUCCGUCACGUGAUGGAGUCUCAGGAGGUCCGGGCGCUGUUGGAGUGGGAGAAGGACACCUACAGUCCCGAUGAACACCUGUGGGCCACCCUGCAGCGCAUGCCCUCUGUGCCAGGAUCUAACCCUUCCCACAUCAAGUACCAUGAAUCAGACAUGAACGCCAUUGCUCGCAUCGUGAAGUGGGAUUCCCUGGAAGGAGAUGUGAGGAAAGGAGCCCCAUAUCCACCCUGCUCGGGUGUCUCCAGGAGGGCCAUUUGUGUCUACGGGGCUGGAGAUCUCCGGUGGCUCCUACAGCAUCACCACCUCAUCGCUAACAAGUUUGACCCUGAGGUGGAUGACGUGGCUAUCAGGUGCCUGGAGUCGUACCUGCGCUUUAAAGCUACAUACCGUGUAUCACGAAGGACAGCGGAAUCUGAGAGUCUCUUACAAAAACGAUGAAAUGUUAAAAGUCGUAAAUACGUUCAUGUGUAUUUCUUUAAAUAUGUUUUGAAAUG